AUGGGUAUUAACAGUUGCUUUCCUCUCUGGCUCUGGGCGUUUUGGAUCAACGCAAAGGUGUCUCAAAGGGUAAAUGAUCUAUCAUUGCUGGCUGCGGCGUCGGGGCGUAAAGACGACCGCGGCCGAAGAGUCAAGACGAGGAAGGCAUACAUUUGGACGGACGAGAAUGUGUGCCAUGAGCGGUCGUCGGAAUUUGCACAACUCGCCUGCCUCCUUCUCGGGCAGUCCGCCCCGCCCGGCCAGCCGGCGUUGGGAUGUCGGACGGGCGUCCUGAAUGCCCGUGGUGCUGAGAUGACUGGCCAACCCGGGCGCAGGGUCACGCUGGACAGGAGGGGUGGCCCGACCUUCGGGCGCAGGCGUGCUGCCGGAGGCGAGGGGCUGCGAGGCCGGGCCGUAGCUUCGUUCAGCACUGGCCUGUCUGACCGACGCGCCUGCACAUGUGGGCGUGUAUGCACGGGCGUGUGUGGGCGCAGUCAUAAGGCCGGAGGCUGCGGAGCCCCGUUGGGGCUGGCCAAUCAGCGGCCGAAGCAUAUCGACUGCAUGACCAAACUGGCAGGGCUGGGCAGGCCAGGCCAGCCCAGUCCCGAAGCGCACCCGGCCGUUUGUCCCUGUGUUGGUGUGCAGGCCUGCCGAAUGUCUACUGGGCCGGCCGGCGUCAGCCCACGUCCACUCGACGGCUCGCACAACCGGCAGGCCUUCACUGUUCGCCGGCUCUCGCGCCACAAUCAGCACAGACAAAGGGCACACCUGCGUCUGGCCGUCCAGCGCCCAUUAUCGAUCGGUCACUCGCUCGCCUCCUUCCUUUCCGGCGUAAGGAGAGGACCAAUGCUUGCCCGAUGGGGCCAAGCGCCGGUCACGGCCGGCACAGCCUUGCCCACGAGCGAGCGUGAGCGUCUGGACGCCUGUCUGCGUUGCCGUGCUGCACGUCUGUCAAACCGAAUUGUGUGCGUGUUCAAGCACAGGCUGGUUCAAGCCUGUAAAAGCCACCGGAUUGCGCCACCGAUGCUCGCGUGCAAGGCUGGCGUGCAUCGAGGCACAGACGCACACAUACACGCUACACAAGGCGUAUUGCAAUGA